CUAACAUCCGACAAGACAAGCCAAGAAAUCAAGAAACAUCUUGUAAUCAUCAGAGAUGGGUUCGAACGAGACUCGGGGACAUCCGAUCAUAAAUUUCUCGGACAAGAACAUGAAACCGGGAACUGAGAUUUGGAGGUGGACGAGGGAGAGAGUCCGAGACGCCAUGGAACGGCACGGCUGGUUUGUGGCCGAUUGGGACAACUUCCCGGUGGAUCUCCACCGUGGGAUCAUAUCGGCCGCCGAAGAACUCCUCGCUCUCCCUUCCGAAGUCAAAAUCCAAAACGGCAAUCACAAGGCCCGUCAUGGCUACGUCACCAUGCUCGCCGACGACCAGCCUGUCCACGAGGGCCUUGGGAUCGAUCUCGUCACGGACUUCGAACAAUGCCGCAAGUUUGCAGGUCUCAUGUGGCCCGAUCAUGGAAACGACCGUUUCUGUGAGACGGUCCAUGCAUACGCGAGAAUGCAAGCAGAAUUGGAGCAAAUGGUGGUAAGGAUGUUGUUCGAGAGCUAUGGACUUGACAGGUAUUCGGACAAA